AUGGGGCUCGUAAACGCCCUUGCGGGUCAGCGCCUGCUCCCGGCCGUCGUCGACCUUGCCGCCCGUGAGGACCCGGACCGCAUUGUCUACACCAUACCACACCUGGACGAGGCGGGGGAUAGCUUCGAGGACGUUUCGGCCAGCAAGUUCGCCAAUGCGAUCAACCGCACCGCCCACUGGAUCGAGUCGCACAUCGGACGGAGCGACAACUUCGACACCAUCGGGUACAUCGGUCCACACGACCUAACCUACCCGAUCUUGGUCCUGGCCUGCAACAAGACUGGUUACAAGGCCCUCCUCAUAUCACCGCGGAACAGUCUCGAGGGCAGUCUGGCCGUCGUCGACAGGACAGACUGCCGGCUCUGGUUGCGGUCGCACCGGGACAACGCCCUGGUCAAUCAGAUCCUUGACAAGAGGCCGAUGGAGACCCUCGACGUCCCGGGUCUGGAAGAGCUCAUGGACCCGCGACCAGUGGCCGCAUACCCGUAUGAGAAGACGUGGGACGAGGCACACCAGGACCCCUUUGUCGUGCUCCACACGUCGGGGUCUACCGGUCUUCCCAAGCCCAUCGUCAUGCGCCUGGGGACAGUGGCCAGCGGUGAUGCCAUCAGAGAUAUACCCCUGGAAGAGGGCGAGGAGAUCACCCCAUCGUGGACGUCCUCGGACAUGGUCUUCAACCCCUUUCCCUGGUUCCACGCUGCCAGUCUCAUGGUCAAGCUCGGCCUGAACUUUUGGCUCGGCUCUCGUAUCAUUACGGAGCCGACAAACGGUGUCAUCAGCGCUGACACCAUCGACCGCAUCGUUUCCAAAUUACCUGUCGCUGGAUUCUUCAUCCCGCCCUCGACGGUCGAGGAGCUGGCCAAAUCCCCCGACACUCUUCCCAAACUUGCCGCUUGCAAGUACAUCAUCACGGGAGGCGGAUCCCUCUCCCCACAACUGGGUGAUAUUGUGAACAAAGUUGUCCCUGUGCGUAAUGUCUAUGGCUCGACCGAGGGCGGUAUCUGGGCCAUGGUGGCACCCAAGCGGGACGGCGACUGGAAAACCUUCAAGUUCCCGCCGCAGCUAGGCACUGACUUGCGCGAGGUGACGCCCGGCCUGUUCGAGUUGUUCUUUGUCAAGAAGCCAGAGUACGCCCGGUGGCAGGGCCUGUUCUACACCUUCCCCGAAGACACCGAGUUCUCCACAAAGGACUUGUUCGCCAAACAUCCGACCGAGCCGGAUCGUUGGCUCUGCAUCGGACGGGCUGACGAUGUCGUCGUGCUCUCGAAUGGAGAGAAGGUCCAGCCCGUGGAUAUCGAAGCUACCAUCAUGUCCCACCCGGCCGUUCAGUCUGCUCUUGUGGUCGGUAACAGAAGGUUUCACCCGGCUGUGCUAAUCGAGCUCAGAGGGGAGGCUCCGGCCACGGAAGAGGCACUCGAGGAGUUGAAGGACAAGAUCUACGCCGAGGUCGUGGAGAAGGCCAACGCACUCUCGGCGUCGCACGCUCGCAUCCACCGAAGCAACAUGAUCAUGUGCGUCGUCGGCAAGCCGUUCCUGCGCACCGACAAGGGCACCGUCAAGCGGCCGGCCAUGCUUCAGCUGUACCAGCAAGAGAUCGACGAGUUCUACGACAAGCUCGAGGCCGAGGAAGCCAAGGUGCUAUCGACGAACAUGGACAUCAGCUCGCCCGAGACCAUCGCCGACGCGCUGCGCACCAUCAUCGUGAGGUUGAUGAAGCAGGAGCUGGGCAACAGCGAUAACUUGGUCGCUGCCGGCUUCGAUUCCCUACUGGUGUUCCAGGUCCUCGGUGCUCUACGGACGACGGCGGCCAAACACGAUAAGAACGUCACGCUGGCGCCGACUCUCAUCUACUCCAACCCGUCCAUCGAGAAGCUCUCGAAGGCCUUCUACUCAGCCCUGAACCCCCAUAUCAACGGGGUCGAGAACCCGCAAAAGGCGCACAUCCGACUGGCGCAGGAGAUCCUGGCCCGCUACACCCGCGACCUGCCGGGCAACGGGGACACCGUCAUCGUGACGGGCACCACGGGCUCUCUGGGCUCGUACAUGCUCAACGCCCUGCUGGCGAAGCCCGAGGUCAAGCGUAUCUACUGCUUCAACCGGUCUGCGGACGCCGAGGACCGACAGCGCGCGCUGUUCAAGUCACGCGGGCUGGCCGAGAACUGGCCGGCCAAGCGGGUGCACUUCCUGCAGGCCGAUCUGGCGAAGCCCGACUUUGGCCUCGGGGCGGCCCAGUACGAGGAGCUCCUCGAGGGCGCUACCAAGAUCAUCCACAACCAAUGGCCCGUCAACUUCAACUGGGACCUCUCGUCGUUCGAGCCGCACAUCCGGGGCGUGCGUCACCUCGUCGACUUUUCGUUGAAGAGCACCCACAGCACCAGCAUCUUCUUCAUCUCGUCCAUCGGCAGCAUCACCAAGUGGCCGGACAACGUGCCGGUGCCGGAGCAGCCGAUCCGCGACCUCUCCAUCGCCGGCACGCAGGGGUACAGCACGUCGAAGCUCAUGACCGAGAUGCUGCUCGAGCAGGCGGCCAAGGUGUCGGGCGUCGAUGCUUCCAUCUGCCGCGUGGGCCAGAUCGCGGGGCCCGUCGGCACGGGCGACAAGGGCGAGUGGAACAAGCAGGAGUGGUUCCCGACCAUCGUGUCGACGUCCAAGUACCUCAAGAUGCUGCCCUCAAGCCUCGGCACCCUCGACCGCAUCGAGUGGAUCCCCGUCGACCUGCUGGCCGACGUCAUCAUCGAGCUGGCCGGCGUAGGGCAGCCUGCUGCCGACCAGCAGCAGCAGCCGUCCCCGAAGCGCAAGGGCAAGAGGGACGUCGACCACGACAUCAUCGUGCCGCGCGAGCUCAGGGUCUGCCACGCCGUCAACCCGCGCGUGUCGCACUGGCAGGACAUCUCGCCCUCGAUCCUGCGGGCGCUGCCGGCCGACACGCGCGCCGUGACGUGGUCCGAGUGGGUGGCGGCGCUGCGCGACGCCCAGGCCGACGGCGCCACGGCCCGCGAGGCGCCCGGGCUCAAGCUGCUCGACUUCUACGCCUCGCUCGAGACCGAGGAAGAAGCCGCGCGCUCGCCUUUCAACCUCGAGACCGUCGAGAGCCGUCGCCGCAGCAGCACGCUCGAGCACCUGCCGGCCGUCAGCACUGAGUGGAUGGAGCUGUGGCUGCGGCAGUGGGCUUUCUGA